AUGGAGACCUCACCGCAACACUCCCGAUCUUCCUCCUCCGCUUCGCGCCGCUCAAACCUCACCCUCGACCUUUCUAAUAUCCCACCCAUGACCCCGCCUACGCCUCCUUCAAACACCCUCCUCUUCACCAACCUCACCGACCCGGCCAUCUUCCUCCCCGAGAACCUCCAGGUCAUCCGCGAUCUCAUCACGCACUCCGCACCCAUUCACGCUUUCGCGCCGCUGAAAUCCUUCCGCCGUAUCGUUGUCUCCUUCUUCGACGAGCAGGCUGCUAUCGCCGUUCGCCAAGUAUGGGAUAACGAGGCCAUCAUGGGUCAGCAGUGCCGUGUCUACUUUGGCAUGCCUACACCUGUCGACAAGCGCGAUGAGCACCUUGCUCUUCCUGAUGCUGGCAAGCUCUUCUUCAUCUCGCCACCACCUAGCCCUCCCCAUGGCUGGGAGAUGCGCCUCGAGGAUGCGCCCAACAAGCUGGUCCACGCUGAGGAUCUCGCUGAUGCGCUUGCUAAGCUGCACCACCGCCCAGGACCUAUGGAUGAGGACCAAGACUCACCUGUCACUCCUCCCGACUCUGCGCUGCCUGGCCGAACACGCUCGCGCUCUUCUACUCUCAUCUACAAGCCUGAGGAUGCGGCAAGCACCAUGCCUGCCGUCAUCGUCGACGACAUGACGGAUGAACCCGAAGAAGUCAGCCCUGUGGAGCAGUCCAAGCCCAUCUUGGCGCACACUGCCCGACCUCCUGUCGAGCUUAUGCACCAUGCUUAA